AUGCCACUCGUGCUCAUCUCAGGCUACCCCUCCGCGGGGAAAACGACGCGUUCUGUCCAACUUAAGGACUACUUCGAAUCUAAGAUUGCCGCCUCCAGCGCCGAUGCUCGCCUGAAUCGCCUGAAAGUACACCUCAUCAACGACCAGACGCUUGGUGUGUCGCGCAGUGUCUAUCACACGGCCAGAGCCGAGAAGGAUGCGCGCGCGGAGGAAUAUUCUGCCGUUAAGAGAGUGCUGUCACGCGAUGAUAUUGUGAUUGCCGAUGGCUUGAACUACAUCAAGGGCUUCCGCUACCAGUUGUACUGCGAGGCGAAGGCUGUACAAACACCCAGCUGUGUGGUCAAGGUGCACAUAGGGACGCCCGCCGAGAAAUGUCGCGAGAUCAACACCGCACUGCUGGCAGACAAAGACAACGAUGGAGGCUAUGAAGAAGACGACUUCGAGAACCUCAUCUUCAGAUACGAAGAGCCCAACGGCAUGACACGGUGGGACAGUCCCCUGUUCAUCGUCGUCCAAGAAGACGAAGCGCCAUCAUGGUGCGACCAAAUCUGGGACUCUCUCAUAGGCAGCGACGGCAAGAUGAAGGUUGUAAAGUCACACCAAGCAACAGUCCUAAAACCCGCAACGGAGCAAAACUACCUCUACGAGCUCGACAAGACCACAUCCGACAUCCUCGCGCAGAUCAUGACAUACCAGAAAGACCACGCCGGCGAAGGCGGCGGCGAGAUAUCCGUCCAGGACGUCGACAAGCCCAUCGAACUCCCUGCGAACCCGAUGACCCUCCCACAACUCCAGCGCAUACGCCGUCAAUUCAUUGCUAUGAACCGCCAGCACAGUUUCUCCAAGUCGAGGAUAAAGGAGGUCUUUGUCGAGUACCUCAACAGCGAGUUCCUGCGCUAA